AUGGACCCCAAGAAAUGCAGGCUCUCAAGACUGCUCAUGUCAAUGUUGAAGGGCCAAAGAGUGUGCAUCAGCAGCCAUAUACUGGUCCCCGUACGGAGGGCACCAGAGACCGGUCGACAAGAGUUCGUGAACAUCGCAUUCUUCUUCUGGAAUGGCGGUCCGCGCGCGCUGUCUUUCGGCUACUUUGUCGUCAUCACUGGCGUGCUGUGCCAGGUAGCUUCAAUGGCUGAGAUGGCGGCAGUGCAACCCAUCGCGGGAGCUCAGUAUCACUGGACGCACUACCUGGCGCCUCCUCAGCAUCGACGGUUCAUCACGUGGAUGCAAGGCUGGAUCACCUGGUUCUCUUGGAUAUCACUGCUUGCCGGUGUCGCCAACAUCGCAGCGCUCAUGAUCCAAACGCUUGUCAUUGCUAGCUAUCCUAGCUACACUCCACACGGAUGGCAUGUGACGUUGAUCAUUUAUGCCCUUCUCAUCGCGCAAGGUCUCAUGAACCAGUACGCCUUUUGGACUGUCCCUUGGAUCGAAUUACUGUCAGGUCUGCUGCAUGUCGCAAUGUGGAUUGUCUUCGUCGUAGUCCUGGCCUCUCUUGCACCACAUCACUCCGCACAUUUUGUCUUCCUGGAGAAGUCGGCGUUCUCGGGCUGGACAAACGAGUACAUUUCCUUCAAUCUCGGCAUGCUCACGGCAACCUGGGGCUUUGUUGGGUUUGACGGUGCCGUCCACAUGUCGGAAGAAGUUCGCAAGGCUCGUCACGCCGUCCCGAGGGCUAUGUUCUGGAGCAUCGUCAUGAAUGGAAUCCUGGCGUAUGGAAUGAUCCUCGUCAUCCUGUUUUGCGCAGGAGAUGUUGACGAACUACUUUCAUCCGGAUAUCCUCUGCUUCUCAUUUGCAUCAACGCAACUGAGUCUGUCUCGGCAGGUUCGGCAAUGGUUGGAUUAUCUAUGAUCGUCACACUAGCUUGCUGUCUAGGCAGUAUUACUUCCGCGUCUCGACUGACCUGGGCUUGGUCUAGAGAUGGAGCAUUACCCGCCUACUUUUCGUACAUCAACCCAAAAAGCCGGGUCCCUGUCCGCAGCGUCUGGCUACCCGUGUUCAUCGUCAUGCUACUAGCGCUUCUCAAUAUCGGGAGUAGCAUUGCCUUCAACGUCAUUGUCGCUCUUUCAACUCUCGGCCUAUAUCAGUCAUACCUUAUGGCAAUCGCAUGUAUGCUCUGGGCUCGAUUCAGUGGGCGGCUUGAACCAUCCGGUUGGUCUCUGGGGAGAUGGGGGGGUUACAUCAACGUUUUUGCAGUGUUGUACUCCGCAUAUAUCAUGGUCUUCCUCUGUUUUCCGUCAUUCCUUCCGGUCACUGCCUCAGGAAUGAAUUACGCGCUGCCAAUAAACGCCUUUGUCCAAUUGAUCGCGCUUGGACUCUGGGUUUUCUGGGCAAAGAAGAAUUGGAAAGGCCUCAAUAAAGACGUGGUCGAUGUUGUUGUGGCGGAUGCAGAUCGCAACACAAAGGACUAA